UUCACAAUGAUAUUGGAUGUUAAUCAGAUAAUUCUUAUGAUUAGUAAAACAAAUUGAAUAUAUAUGUCAUGAAACUCAUUUGAAGUUGUACUCAUCCGUUGAUCAUGGCUCCUAAACUCGGUUACUGGAAAAUCAGAGGCGUGAGUGUUUUGUUUUUAAGUUCUGCUUUUACACUUCUCCAAUACAUUUUCCACUCAAAGAUAUAUCUUCGAGUUAAACAAGAGUCAUUUAUUCGUACCAGGCCUAAGACAAAAAAUAUCCUUCUCCAUGAAUUAAAGAAAACCAGUUUAGACCUCAUGUUCCCCCAAAAUUCGUCGAGAUCCUUUCAGUUUCUUCUGAAGCCCAACUUUGUUGUUUAAAGUUUAUAUGAAAAAUAUUUGGAUUUCAUGUUAUAACUUGCUGUUCGUUGUACUGUCACAGUACUGUGAUAUGUUUCUUAAUAUCAACCUCUGUAUUUGUUUGGAAAUGUUCCAACCUGUAGAGAGUUUCAGUUUGGAAAGGACAAUGCUUGAUGGCCUGUGUUAGUCCUGGCAAUCUUGUACAACCGACUCGUCUUCUUUUGGAAUAUGUUGGCGAAGUAUAUGAAGAGCGUUUGUAUGAUCGCAAUGAUGGUGAUGUCUGGCGAAACGAAAAGUUCAAUUUAGGUCUGGAAUUUCCUAAUCUACCUUAUUAUAUUGAUGGUGAUGUUAAAUUAACACAGUCUAUGGCUAUUUUACGUUAUAUAGCUGAUAAACACAAUAUGUUGGGUGGUUGUCCCAAAGAACGUGCAGAAAUUUCUAUGCUUGAGGGAGCCGUUUUGGAUAUCAGACUUGGUGUUUCAAGAAUUGCAUAUAAUAAAGAAUUUGUAAGAUAGACUUUAAAUUCAUUUAUUUCAAGGAAACUCUCAAAGUUGGUUUUCUCAACCAACUCCCUGGAAUGCUGAAAAUGUUUGAAAAUCGUUUAUCUCACAAAAUAUAUUUGAAUGGUGAUAAUGUGACUCAUGUUGACUUCAUGCUGUACGACGCUCUUGAUGUAGUUUUAUACAUGGACCCAAAGUGCUUGGAUGCAUUUCCAAAACUAAUUAGUUUCAAACAGCGUAUAGAAAAUUUACCACCAAUCAAGAACUACCUGAAUUCUGACAGGCACAUAAAAUGGCCUCUGCAAGGCUGGUCCGCCAUUUUUGGUGGUGGAGAUGCUCCUCCAAAAUAAAUUAACAAUGACUCUUUUUGGUGAACAUUAUUGAAUGCUUUUUAUAUGUGUGUUUACUAAAUAAAAAGUACUGAUGAAA